GAGCUGGCCUUCACCGAUAAGCGGCUGCCUCAUAUAAGAGCGUUUUCCAGUAAGCAUAUUUUACUUACAGUAUUCCAGUAAACAACCAGAAGUUAAUUUGGGAAGUCAAGAUGGAUAAGAUCAUAUUGUGGAGUUUUCUGCUGUUUGUUUCUGAGAGUCAAGUUUCAAGAACAGUGGCUCAGAAAAAUGCUGAAUUUUCAGUGGAUCUUUAUAAGGCUAUUUGUUUAUCCCACAAGAACAACAUUAUAUUUUCACCUCUUGGAACAACUGUGCUUCUUGGAAUGGUCCAAUUAGGCGCAAAAGGAAAAGCACAACGGCAGAUCCGGCAAACUUUGAGGAUGCCGGCUACCUCAUCAGGAGAGGAAUUUUCUGUGCUGAAGUCACUUUUUUCAGCCAUUGCGAAGAAGAAACAAGAAUUUACAUUUAAUCUUGCCAGUGCCCUCUACCUCCAAGAAGGAUUCACUGUGAAGGAAACAUAUCUCCAUGGCAACAAGCAGUUUUUUCAGAGUGCUACAAAACUGGUGGAUUUUCUGGAUGCAAAAUCUUGCGCACAGACAAUAAGCACCUGGGUAGAAAGCAAAACAGAUGGAAAAAUUAAAGAUAUGUUUUCAGAGGAAGAAUUUGGCCCCCUGACUCGUCUGGUCCUGGUAAAUGCCAUUUAUUUCAAGGGUGACUGGAAACAGAAAUUCAGAAAAGAAGACACAGAGAUGACAGAUUUUAGUAAGAAAGACCGCUCAACAGUCAAGGUUCCAAUGAUGAAGGCUCGGUUGAGAGCAAAAUACGGUUAUUUUUCUGAGUCACUUAUGACCUGCCAGGUUUUGGAACUGCCUUACAAGGCUGAUGAAUUUAGUUUAGUCAUCAUUCUUCCCACAAAAGAUAUGAGCAUUGAAGAAGUGGAAAAACAAGUUACUGUUAAUCGCAUCCGGAGAUGGUUCUCUGAGCUACGUGAACAAGAAGUGGAAGUCAGCCUGCCUCGAUUUAAAAUAGAACAAAAAUUAGAUUUCAAGGAAGCACUAUAUUCUUUAAACGUAACUGAGAUGUUUAGUGGUGGCUGUGACCUUUCUGGAAUAACAGAUUCAUCUGAAGUGUAUGUCUCCAAAGUCAUGCAGAAAGUUUUCUUUGAGAUAAAUGAAGAUGGAAGCGAAGCUGCAACAUCCACAGGUAUGAACAUUCCUGCAAUCAUGAGUUUGACUCAAACUCAGUUUCUAGCAAAUCAUCCAUUUCUGUUUAUUAUGAAGCACACCCAAACAGAAUCGAUUUUGUUUAUGGGAAGGGUGACAGAUCCUGACAUCCAAACAAUGAAAGGGAGAGAUUUAGAUUCACUGUGAAUAAAAAUCAUGGUCUCGUAAUACAUGACAAUCUUUAGAAAAUGGUUGACGGGUAAAAUCUCAUCAUUUCAAAAAAAUUUGAACAUUUUCUGAUUAAAACUGUGCAUAUAAAAUAAGUAAAGACAAAUAUAAAUCUUUUCCUUCUUAUGCUUUUCUAAAGAACUGUGCUAUAUAAAACAUAAAUAAAUCCCAAUUGUUCAAAAAAAUUCUAAGAUAAUUUGACAUCACAUUUGUUUGGCAGGGGCUGAUAGUUCAGUUGGUAAAGUGUUUGUCUUGCAAGCACGAGUGCCUAAGUUCAGCUGCUGAACCCAGGUAAAGAGAGCAAAAUGUGCUGGUAUGCUUAUAUUUGCAGCAUUGGGGAGGCAGAGCCAGGCUUUUCGUUGAGACUCAAUGGGUAGCCAUAUUUGCCUUCUUGUGGAGGUCUAAGCCAGUGAGAAACCUGUCUCAGCAACAACAGAAACAGUGGAUAGUGUCUGUAGGAUGUCGCAAUGGGAGCCUUCCUGUCUCCACAUGUAUGUGUCCAAAUGGAUACACAGAUGUGUACACCCUCAAACACAUAUGCAUGCAUAUAUGGACAUGUACAUUCUCUCACAUACAAACAUGCACACACACACACACAAAAAAAAAAUAAAUUUAGAUAUCAAAUAUAAAGACUGAACUGUUGGAUUCCCACUCAUGGUAGUUUUAUCUAGACCUUAGCAGAAUAAAGCCAAGAAAGAAUGCCCAUGGUAGAUUCCUCUCUAGGUUGUGGUAUAGAGAUCCUAGGAUCUAUGACCAGCGUACAAGUUUUGUGUAUUUCACUAAUUGUGUUAUUCCUUGUGUUAUAAUAAUGUCUGUACUUUUCUGUAUCAUUUGGGAUUUAUCAUCAUUUUUCCUACUGAUUUAUUCUAUAAAUGUAUAUGGAAAACAGGAAUACUGAAAACUUUGAUAAAAUUCUUAGUUUGCUUAUAUAAAAAUGGCAACCAAGUCAAUGUGAUUAGAGAGGAUUACUACCCGUAAAUUUUGAAAAACUAGAUAGCAUAGCAUCGAUAGAUACAGCCAAGAUUGUCCUCCAUAAAGAACCCUUCUUUUCCCCCUUUUUUUGACCUAUUAUUUCUCAUUACAUAAUCCCAUUCCUAUUUUCCAUAGUAUGUCCAUAUCUUAUAAAAUAUUUAGAUUCUGAAUACAAAAGAAAGCCUGUGAUAUUUUUCUUUCUAAAUCUGGCUUAUCAUACUUAGCAUGGUAAUCUCUGGUUCCAUUUUCCUGAAAGUGACAUAAUUUUAUUCUUCUCUAUGGAUGUUUCAAUCUUCAUUGUGUGUAUAAACCACACUGUCUUUAUCUACUUGCUCAUAAAUUGAGGGGCAUCUAGGCUGCUUUGAUUUUUGUCAGUUGUGUGCAGUGCUAUAAUAAACAUAAAUGUACAAGUA